AUGGACAGCAACAAUGGCGUGAUUUGUGGAGGGAAGCUGGAUAAGGUGGCCACAUGGGUUAGCUCCUCCGCUUUCUUCACCUCCCUUGAACGCUUCGCUUGUCUCAACCUCACCACCACCGAUCCCGACGAUGACCGAGACCUCCCCAAGGACAAGGAUCGUCCUCUCUUCCAUUCCGACCACAAUGUGUAA